AUGACCCAGGAAAGGAGGAGAGAGUUUGAGGCCAACCUUGAGAAAGCAGGACUGGAGCUGGAGACUGAGGACAACGCGGACUCUAAAGACCAAAAGACGUAUUUCCUGAAGAUCCAUGUUCCGUGGGACAUCCUGGCCACCUACGCAGACGUGUUGAAGGUUAAAGUUCCCUUCAAGGAGAGCGACGUCCCUCACGGUCAGGACGUCCCGUUGGAGUGGCUGUCGCACCCUUUCCGCCUGCCGGAUCACGUCAUGCACCCGCAGUCCGAUUACUUCACCUACCCCUUCGAUAAGAACAAGAUGGACUUCUUCCUCAUUAACGACAAAGACACCUUCUUCCCCCCGUCCACCAGAAACAGAAUCGUGUUCUACAUCUUGGCUCGCUGUCCGUACUUCAAAGAGGGUCGGAAAGAUAAAGACAAGACGGGAAUCAAGCGAUUACUCAGCAACGGGACGUACACAGCCGCCUUCCCGCUGCAUGAUUGUCGAUAUUGGAAAAGGGCAAGAAAUGCAGAGUGUGAGAGCGAACGCUUCAAUCUGUACAAGCACUGGGCCAGAUUCCUCUGGUUUUACAAAGAACAGCCGCUGAACCUCAGAGUGAUCGUCUGCUUGCAGGAAGUACUAUGGGGAGAAAAUUGGGAUCUACUUUGCCUGGCUGGGCUUCUACACGGAGAUGCUGUUCUUCGCAGCCGUCAUGGGUUUUAUAUGUUUCACCUACGGGCUGCUCAGUUACGAUGUCAACAUGUCCAGCAAAGAAAUCUGUGAUGCUGAUAUAGGGGGCAGUAUUCUGAUGUGUCCCCUCUGUGAUAAAAAGUGUCCUUUCUGGAAGCUCAACUCCACUUGUCUCUCAUCCUGGCAAUCCCAUCUGUUUGAUAAUGAGGGGGACGGUGUUCUUUGCCAUAUUUAUGGGGAUUUGGGUGACUCUGUUUUUGGAGUUCUGGAAGCGGCGCCAGGCCCGGCUGGAGUACGAGUGGGACUUGGUGGACUUCGAGGAGGAACAGCAGCAGCUUCAAAUCCGGCCCGAGUUUGAGA